AACUUCUCAAGGCCCCUCUGAACCUUUCAGGAGAGAGCAGCGUGUGUUGCAGUGCGCCUCUCUGUCCCCCCCGCCGUUACCGUCGGUUUGCUCAUUUUAACCGUUUACGGUGUCGGUGUUUCUAUUAUUUUGUCCACCCCCGUUACCUGCUGCUCUGGAGGAGCCCGGAUGUGGAGGGGACAGCACAAGAUCUCUGAUUGAACAACCAGUGCAUUUGUUAAGGCCUCUAAACGUUACGUUCAGUGAAGUCAGUGGAACAAAGACUUCCAAGACUAGUUGAAGGUUUGUCUGAUCAAAGGUAACUGAGCCUGAUUGAUUCCAUCUGUUCAGCUCGCGUUGAGAGGAAGUGACAGUGUUCACUUUACUGCGGUCACCAGCUGAGUUUAUCACCGUGUGAAACCACUUUGAUCAGUACUGACGUCAGGUUCAGUGUCAGCGUGACACCGACACUCCGCAGGUCGACGCCGCUCUCCAUGACGACGCUGCCAACACAGUCCAAAGGUCACCUGUUCAGACUGCAGCAGGAACAGGCUGUAAUCUAGCAAACAGGUGUGACAUGGAGAAGGAGAGAAGAAGAAACAGACGACGGAUGAGAGAAGGAGAGAAGAAGAAAACAAGUCAGAGAAGAGGAGAAAAGGAGGAACAGGAGGAGUAAGAGGAGGAGGUGCAGAUGGAUCGCAGUGUGAUCCGGCUGAGUCACUGUCAGAAGGAGAUCUUCUGCUUCUCGGUGCCAGAGGAGUGUCCGAGCUGUGGGGAGGAGCUGAGGGGGAGCAGACUGCAGGAGGCGCCGGUCAGCCUCCCGUCCCCCCUCACCAACGGACACAAGAGUUCCUGCUGCCUGCUGGUUGCACCUGCACACGACAACCUCAACAGAGAGUUUGAUGGGACGUCAGAUCUGCACACCGGCAUCUCCAACACUACAGGAGUUGUGUAUAACUACACUUCUGGUGGAGUUCGUAGAGAUCUGAUUGGUUGGGAGAGCUGCGUCAGUGUUCCUCUGGUCCGACCCGACAUGUUCCACCUGCUGGCUCAGUGGGACAAGUACCUGGACCGCUUCUCUGAGGGACCCAUGUGGGACCCCGCCUGGCACAGGUUCCAUGAGGAGGACCAUAACUGCUUCAGUUUCUGUCUUCAGUUCAUUAACGGCGUCCUGGCGGCAGAGGGGCGGAGCUCUCUGAGCAGAGAGACCUUCACGCACAGCUUCAUCCUGCCGAGGAUGAGGAGGGUCUCCAAAUACACCACGCUGUACCAGCACAUCCAGAGACACCAGUACUACCUGGUGGACAGACAGGAGGACAGACAGGAAACACCUGAUAAACCAGACCUAUUUUGUGCCAGUUCUGUUUCAUAAAGGGCUCGAAAGGAGUCUCAUUGACAAGGAACCUGAUCCUCCAGACUUCAGUUUGUCUCCAUGGUACCAGAUCUGCUCCCACAGCCAGAACAUUAUGACCACCUGCCUGAUACCGUGUAGGUCCCCCUUUAGCCGCCAAAACCUCCCUGACCCAUCGAGACCUGGACUCCACUAGAUCUCUGAAGGAGGGCUGUGGUACCUGGCACCAAGAUGUUGGCAGCAGAUCCUUUAAGUCCUGUAAGCUGUGCGGUGGAGCCUCCAUGGUCCGGACUUGUUGGUCCAGCACAUCCCACAGAUGCUGGACUGGACUCGAGGUCUAGAAUCUGGAGGCCAAGUCAGCACCUUGAACUCGUGGUUGUCCUGGACAAGAAGACCACGAAGAGUCCGCUGCCAUCAGGGAACACCGUGACCUGAUCCAUCAGACCAGACCACCUUCUUCCACUGAUCCUCGGUCCAGUUCUGAUUCUCGUCUGCCCGCUGUGGGAGCUUUCAGCAGUGGACAGGGACCAGCACGGGCCCCCUGACUGGCCCCAUGCACAACAAACUGUGAUGCUCUGUGUGUUGUGAGGCCUUUCUAUCAGGGGUCUUCACUUCACCUGUCAGAGGGCAGAACGUUACAGGCAGCUUCACCUGCUGACCCCCGUCAGGUCGUAGAUUAGGAACUUUAAGUCUCUUCUGCCACUUCCUGCCUCCGUCGCGCUGACUCACCUGUGUGAGCACAUCCAGGUGUAUCUGAGCCGAGACACAGUCGGUGUGUGUUUCAUGUGUGGAGUCUCAAUAAAGCUCAUCUGAUCUUU